AUGGCUUCCAAUCGCCCCCCAUUACACCGACCAACAGAUGGCCGCUCGCAACAACCCCUCCUGAAGCAUGACCACCAUCGCCGGUCCCGUUCCCACUCGAGCUUCGUGAAUGCCGACCCGGAAGGCCAGCCAAUGCUGCAUGAGACCAGGAGGCCAACAAUCCGGAGUAAAAGUCCGGAACACGACGCUGCCCGAGCAACCCGCAAGAAAUACUUGGUUGCAUCUGGAUUCCUCUUACUCAGUUUGGUCAGCUUCGUGGUCCAGACCGAAACCGCUUCAUACAUUCAAAAUGAAUUGCACUGGAAGAAGCCGUAUUGCAUGCUCUAUAUGACCCACGGUUCAUGGUCCUUGCUUUGGCUAGUCCAGCUAGGUAUCCUUCGGUUACAGAAGCGGAAGCUCACCUGGGAUGCUUUCUGGCGGCGCCACGUCUUUUUCCUUCGCACCACUGCGCAGAUGGUAGAAUCCCAGGAAGUGCACCUCACCACUCGCGCAUCCAAUCGAUCUCCAGUCCGCUACAUGUUGACGACCACCGCCUUUGUGACUACUGCUCUCACAGUCGCCGGCGGAUCAUGGUACGUGGCAGUCAACAUGACCACUCCCAGCGAUCUGACGGCAAUCUACAACUGCUCGGCUUUCUUCGCAUAUGCCUUUUCGAUUCCGCUUUUGAACGAGAAACUGCGGGUUGACAAGGUCUUCUCCGUGGCCGUAGCUACCAUUGGCGUUAUGGUCGUUGCUUAUGGAGAUGGGGCCAAUAAGAAGACCUCAAAGGGAGGCACGGAUGACAGCGGGGCGCAGAACAGAUUGCUCGGGAACAUCGUUAUCGGCGUUGGAAGUAUUCUCUAUGGGCUUUACGAGGUGCUCUAUAAACGCUUUGCCUGCCCUCCGGAAGGUACCAGCCCUGGCCGGGGUACGAUCUUUGCCAAUACCUUUGGGAGUCUAAUUGGGGUCUUUACCCUGUUAGUACUAUGGAUACCGCUGCCAUUUUUGCACUGGAUAGGGUGGGAGACGUUUGAAUGGCCGACUGGCGAGGCAGGAUGGAUGCUGCUCAUUUCCGUGGGUGCCAAUGCUACGUUCUCGGGCUCUUUCCUUGUGCUGAUUUCCCUCACAUCGCCCGUUCUAUCAUCAGUAGCCGCUCUCCUUACCAUUUUCCUUGUCGCUCUGGUGGACUGGUUCCGAACUGGAGACUCGUUGUCUAUGGCCUCUAUUAUUGGAGGCAUUUUGAUCACGGUGGCAUUUUUCAUGCUGAGCUUCAGCACAUAUAGAGAGAUGAACGAGGAGCGGAGGAAGCAUCUAGAAAGCGAUGAGCUUGAGUCUGACAGUGAUGCAUAG